GCGCAACUUGCUAGCAACGGCUGGGGUUAUAGCAACGGAAAAGCCCAUCAUCAGACACAACGGAGCGGCUGCACAGGGACGCUGUCGCACUUCAGUCUUUCUGUACGGUGGUCCACCACAACCCCACUGGACCAGUUCACACCCAACACACACACAGUGCAGCAGGAGGAUGGCGGUGAAUGUCUACUCCACCUCUAUGACCAUAGAGAACCUGAGUCGUCAUGACAUGUUGGCAUGGGUAAACGACUCUCUGCAUCUCAACUACACAAAGAUCGAGCAGCUCGGUUCAGGUGCGGCUUACUGUCAGUUCAUGGACAUGCUGUUUCCAGGGUGCAUAUUGUUGAAGAAAGUGAAGUACAAUGCUAAGUUGGAACAUGAAUACAUCCAAAAUUUCAAGGUCUUACAGGCUUCAUUCAAGAGAAUGAAUGUGGACAAGAUCAUCCCUGUGGAAAGGCUGGUGAAGGGGAAGUUCCAGGACAACUUUGAAUUCCUUCAGUGGUUUAAGAAGUUUUUUGACGCCAACUACGACGGGAAAGAAUACGACCCUGUGCUGACACGACAGGGCCAAGAGGGAACGCCGCCUCCACCGAACCAAGGUGAACCCAUUCUCCACAAACCUAAAAGAUCCUCUCGCUCAGGCCCCAUGAGAACAUCACCCACGGUACCGAAGACUGUUCCCCCCCCCCAGAGGCAGAUCAAUAUGACAUCAUCCCGCAGAAACACUCCCAUGACCCGCAAUGGAGGAGAUGCUGAGCUCAUAGAGCUCAACCAGCAGCUGCUGGAUCUAAAGCUGACGGUAGAGGGACUGGAGAAGGAGAGGGACUUCUACUUUGGAAAGCUGAGAGACAUUGAGCUCCUCUGUCAGGAAAAUGAAAACGAUAACCCAGUUCUGACUAAAAUUAUGGAUACACUGUACGCUACAGAGGAGGGAUUUGCACCCCCAGAGGAUGAAGAGAUCGACGAAGGAGCACAAGGAGACCAAGAAGAAUUUUGAAAUAUUUUUCACCUGUUCAUCACCUUCAUCAACCUUUCCCAACCCUCAACUCAAACCCCUUUAACCUACCUGAUCAUUAUUAUCAUAAACCACCUCUUGCCCCCCUUUAUUUAAUUUUUUACAACCCCCCUUUACUUUUCCCAACUUUUCUGUGGCUGAUUGAUUUUUGUAUCCAUUACGACUUUGUUGCACAGCCUUGCUUUCCAAACUCUUACUAGCAAAGGACACUUAACCCAGACCUGUCUGGACCAGGGCCCAGCAGCCUGACUCAACUUAUUCUAGCCUGUUACCAGAGGGGACAACUGCACUACAGGGCUAGUUCAGCCUGCUAGUCUGUGAAAGGUUUAAGGGUAAUAACAAUGAGAUUACAAGAAUCCAGCACUGACGGCCUGGAGCCAACAGUGCUAUCAAUCUGUCUAUCUAAAGAGACACUUUCUCCCACCAUGCACUUUGAUUGGUGACCACAUAAAGAGGCACAUCAGGGUUUGUGCAGAGUUUGUAUAUGAAACCACACAAUGUUUUCCACAUAAUGUGAUAGUUUGUAGGAUAUUUUGGCUGUAGAUUUCACAAGGUGAGAUUAUAAAAGGUGUGAAACCCCUUAGGAGAGAUGCCUGCACAUAUAUUUUGGACAUGAUGACACGUGAACGUACAUUUAGCCCGCAGACAUAUCAGACUUUGAACUGCUCACAUGUAUAGGCACCACAGAGUAUGCUCUUAUUCAUAAAUUUGUCCCACCAGAGGGUUUGCUUCUGAAAUUGUUGACAGCUUGUUUUUGAGACAGCAUGAUGUAUUUAUGUUUUGUUUAUUUAUUGAUCUUUAUUAAAUCCGAUCUCUACAGUUUCUGAAAAAAAAUAUGCGAUUUUGGAUUUGGGGAAGGUAUUGCACUAAAUGUAGCGAAACAAACUAACUGAAAUGAUCCAAAAUGCCAACAUGCAGUGACUGGUUGAAGCCAGAAAGAUAUAGAAAGAUGCUAUUUUAUAUUUUGUAGAUUUGUUUUAAAGAUGUUUGUUUUUUAUUUGCAUUGAAGUCCUCAAUGGCCAAGUCAGAGGCGUCAGUGUAGAAGUUAUUUAUCAGACAAACGUCAGGCUUUGAAUUCUAUGAAUGAAUGUUAAAAAAAAAAAAGGAAUUAACACGACAGACAGAAACUACUAAAUACUAAUGUUUGACUGUGUUAAUUGAGUUAAACAUUGUAGCUGCUAUCAUUAUUUUUCUGUUGCUAUUUAACUGAGUUUUGUUGCAAAGCGUUAAAACGCCACAGUGGCUGCCAAGGCAGUAUGGGUGUGGUUUAUUGUGAUUGACAGCCAGGCUGAGCGUGACUGACAGUACUUGGACCAGUCCGAGAGAACAAAACAUCCAACCCUCUCUAACCGUUUGUUGCCAUGUGAUCAACCUGCAUCAUUUGGAGUUACUGCUGGAAUGAAAUAAAGCUCUGAGGUUCAGAAAAAGUAACCAA